CCACGUGACGUCCCACUGCAGGAUAUGCAGUUUGUCCUGUGAGUGGCGCGGCGAUGUUACAGAUGAAAAACCGCAUUAAAUUCUGCUCGGUGGCCAUCUCUGCUAAACGGUUGUUUUCUUCUGGACCCGAACGGAACCCGGUGAUGUUUUUGGACGUGGAGGCGGACGGUGAGCUUCUGGGAAGAAUGGUCAUUGAGUUAAUCGCAGAUGUCGUACCAAAGACUGCAGAGAACUUCCGAGCACUGUGCACUGGUGAACAUGGCUGAUAUAAGGGCUCAGUGUUUCACAGGAUCAUUCCCGGCUUCAUGUGUCAGGGAGGAGAUUUCACCAACCACAAUGGCACAGGUGGAAAAUCCAUUUAUGGGACGAAAUUUAAAGAUGAGAAUUUCAAAUUGAAACACACCUGUCCAGGAAUCCUUUCAAUGGCAAAUUCAGGGCCAAACACCAACGGCUCUCAGUUCCUCUGUACGACUAAAACUGACUGGCUUGAUGGUAAACAUGUGGUGUUUGGGCAGGUGAAGGAAGGUAUGGAAGUGGUCACCAAGAUGGAAUCCUUUGGUCUGCAUGAUGGAGGUGUGAUCAAGAAAGUUGUUGUCACUGACUGUGGAGAGAUCAAAUAACACAAAAAUGCAGCCCAAAAGGACUUCUGUUAAAUGACUGUGUGCAGCUGUUCACUAUUUAAAAUAAAUAAAUAUAAAUCCUGUAUUCACAACACUUUCUUCAUGGCAACAUUAACAGGUUCUUACUGAAAAUAAAGUAUAUUUUUGUAACUUGUGUUUUCAUAAUUUCAGAGAUGAUAAUAAAAGACAGAAGACUGAGAAAUUCCUGUUUAUAU